AUGCGGCCCUUCGCCGCCCCGCCGCCCUACGGCGGCCUCCUGCUGGUCGCCGCCGCCGCCGUGGGCUCCGCGCCCGUGUCGGGAGCGGUGGCGAGGCUACGCAGUGGCCCUGCAGGAUCCGACGGGAGCGAUUUGCGGCUCUCCCAGGAGAUCCGCGCCUUCGGCAGGCGGUACCCCGUCACCCGCUUCGACUGGGACCGCUGGGAGCAGGCUGCACAGGUCGUCGACCUCGACGGUGCCAUACGGAAGCUGCCCGUUUUCUUGGACCGUUUUGAUUGGAUAGCCAGCGAGAAGAGCAUUGUUCACCAGAAAGGAUAUCGCACCAGUGACAAUCUCUCCAUGCUUGAUCCUGUUGAGAUGCAUGCGCAGAGCAAAGGCCCCGGAGAGGCGGCCGCCUCCAUGGCCCUGCAGGUCGGGGACGUCGUGUUGGUGGGCAGGGCCGCGAAGGAGAGGGGCGUGGUCAAGUACAUUGGCACGACCAGCUUCAAGGAGGGCGACUGGGUCGGCAUCGAGCUCGAGAACCCGGUCGGCAAGAACGACGGCUCCGUGGGCGCCGAGCGCUACUUCGACUGUGAGGCGAACCACGGCAUGUUUGUGCGCCAGGGCUCCGUCGUGAAGGAGUCGCCGGAGGUGACGGUGGGGGAGGCGCUGGCCUCCCAGCAGGCGGGCCAUCGGCGGAGCAGCUGCUCUUCCGGCGAGAUCCGGUGCGCCGUCAGAGACUUUGACGGCCGGCCGCUGAGCUACGACGACCUGGCCGAGGCCCUGGAGGAGGCGCGCGGGGAGGCCGCGGGGCUGGCCGAGCUGCUGGGGAGGGCGCGCGAGAGCGAGCGGCAGCUGCGGGCGCAGCUGCUGGAGCUGCAAGCCAAGCUGGUUAAAGCUGUCUGCGGAGCAGGGGCAGCGGGAGCCGGCCGGCUCCGCGGCCACCACGGGGGCAGAGCAGGUGAGGCAGUGGGUCUCGGGGCCAGAAGCCAAGCUGCCGCAGGAGGUGCAGCCCGCCUCCCCGGCGGGCGGCUCGCCGAGCGCACGGGAGGUCGCCGGAGAUUCCAGCUCCGGGUGCUGCCCCAACUGGCAUCCUCUCGCACCUUUUACCACACCUCGUCCAGGAUUUUCUUGCGAUAA